AUGAUGUGAAAUAGAGAUAAAUAAGAGACGAGAAUAUAUACCAAAAUGAAGAAAAGAAAAGAAAAGAGAAGAGAAUAGAACCAUGCGCGCGAUUCCAGUCUCCACAGAAGCAUUCCUAUUCCCUACACCAUCACCCACUCCCAUUUCCAUUACCCAUUCCUCCACUCUUUUACACCCUCAUCCUUUUCAUUACAACAAAACCCUUUCCACCACACCAUGCUCCUUCAACUCUAAAACCACUCCAUUCUUCUACCCAGCUUCCAAAUCCAACAACCCAAUCACUCUGGACGACGAUGCCGACGACGACGAUUCUGAGAAUUCCUUGCUCACGGCGGAUACCCAAGCUCAAGAGCCGGACUCCUUGGUUGAGGACGGAGUUUUCAUAGAGGUGACCAAGCUUGAGAAGAACUCACGCAGAAUCGAGUCGAGGAUUUCAAUCCACGCUUCACUUGAUUCCGUUUGGAGUAUCUUGACUGAUUAUGAGAGGUUGGCGGAUUUUAUUCCUGGCCUUGCUCUUAGUAAAUUGAUCCAAAAAGCUCCCAAUUUUGCUAGACUUUUGCAGAUUGGAGAGCAGAACUUGGCAUUUGGGCUAAAAUUUGAUGCUAAAGGAGUUAUAGAUUGUUUCGAGAAAGACUUGGAGACUCUUCCAUCUGGUAUGAAGCGUGACAUAGACUUCAAGAUGAUUGAAGGGGAUUUUCAACUCUUUGAAGGAAAAUGGUCUAUUUCACAGCUUUUCAGCAGUGGAAGUGAUGAGUCUCCAAUACGGGAGAUUAGCACGACACUUACAUACAUUGUUGACGUUAAGCCGAAGUUGUGGUUGCCAGUUCGGCUCAUAGAGGGUAGACUUUGUAAAGAGAUAAAAAAGAACCUUAUAUCCAUAAGGGGCGAAGCUCAGAAAGCUACUGAUAGAACUCUGGAUGUAAAUCAAUUCGGAUGAGUUAUGUAAAUAUUAUCAUAGAAAAAAUGAAUACAAGUCAAAUUCAUUGCGUCAAUUCUCACAUUGUAAAGUUUUCAAGGUUGGCCAUAUUCUGUUCCUAAAUUAUGUUCAAGUUCUGGACUGACCACACUUUGAUAUUUAUUUUGAACCCUUUAUACUCCA